AUGGAUUCUUUAGAUAAUGCACGAGAAGUAGAACUGCACAGGCAGCGAGGCCGACCAAGAAUUCAUGGGAGCAGCAAUGAACGUCAACGAAAUAGACGCCAGAGAGAAACGUCUCAAGAAAGAGCUUCUCGCUUGCGUACAAAUGCAGCGCAACAGCAGAGAAGGCGGGAAGAGGAAAGCAGGCAGGAGCGGGCUGCACGGCAACAGAUCCAUGCAGAACGUCAACGCCAAAGACGGGCAGGAGAAAGCAGUCAGGAGCGGAUCAGACGGCAACAGGGCAACGCAGGACGUCAGCGGAUAAGACGAGAAGGAGAAAGCAGUCAGGAGCGGGUCGCACGACAACACAACAAUGCAGAACGUCAGCGCCAAAGACGGGCAGGAGAAAGCAGUCAGGAGCGGAUCAGACGGCAACAGGGCAACGCAGGACGUCAGCGGAUAAGACGUGAAGGAGAAAGCAGUCAGGAGCGGUCAGACGGCAACAGAACAAUGCAAGGCGUCAGCGGAGAAGACGAGACGAAGAAAGCGUUCCGGAGCGCGUUGCACGACAGCAGAAUGAAGCGGACCGGCAACGGCUAA